GAUCCCAUCUCUAAUUACCAGCUACCCUCCCUUAAUCAGCAAAUAACAUAUAUAUCUUGCUCUAUUUGGAAAAAAAGAGAUAAAUACAGGGGUAUUAUCGGUAUCUUGCUUUAGUCCUCGUGAAGGAGGAGCGAAGGCCGUGUUGCGAAGUUCAACUAAUAGGGACGCAGAGGCAAAUCCCCCUAUAAAUAAUUCCUCUCUUCUCUCUUCCCUUCGGAUAUUCCCUCCGGAUAUCUCUCUCGUGGCGUCGCUUCGUCGGUCCCAUUCCUCUCGAUUAACCCCACGCCGGCGGCGAAGGUCUCCGGGCAGAUCCGAGACGGCGGUCCCUCGCCCCGCACGAGUUGCCCGGUUCCGAUCGCGUGGGAGUCGGAUUCCGGCGAUCCGGGGUUGAAUCCUUGGGAAGGAUCCAGGUCUGAUAAGGGCACCCUUUGGAGUUAUUCCUGCAGCUUUGAAUUACCAACAUUUUAGUAUUGUAGCUACAUCGAACAAACUUAACAAAGGAUUAAGGUUUGAAAUGCUGAAAAACGGGAUGAUAGAAUGCAGCGUCUGUCAUUCCAAAUUGUCAUCCCCCACAAGCAAAACAGUAUCAAGGGCAUAUGAUACCCGUAAGAGCAAGAUAUCAUCGAAAUACCGUGCUCUCAAUGUUCUUCUGGUUGUUGGUGAUUGCAUCUUGAUCGGCCUCCAGGAUUUUCAAAGGUGAUCAAGCUUGUUAAUGAAGAGCCAAAGCUGCCAAUGCAAUGCCAUGAGUUCUAAAGUUGACGCCUUGCAUGACAAACUGCUAAAAUAUCUUAAGUUAUUCUGUCACUAUUCUCUGUUCGUGCAAGAAUAUCAUGGUUGUGUAUAAAUUUGGAUUAUCUGAUUCAAAUCGCCUAUUUUGGUUUACAUGUCCAAAGUGGAUGGAAGGUUUAAGUUUAGUCCUAUCAGUGUUAACUUUCUAACUGAGGUCACAAAGGUUCUCUUUGCCAUCAUCAUGCUUUCAUUCCAGGCUAGGCAACAAAAAGUGGGAGAGAAGUCCCUUCUGUCAAUUUCAAAUAUCGUGCAGGCUGCUCGGAAUAAUGUCCUUCUUGCUAUUCCUGCUCUUCUUUAUGCUAUCAACAACUACUUGAAAUUUAUAAUGCAGUUAUACUUUAACCCCGCAACUGUGAAAAUGUUAAGCAACCUGAAGGUUUUGGUAAUUGCUGUUCUUUUAAAGAUCAUAAUGAAAAGGCGCUUUUCCAUUAUCCAGUGGGAGGCUCUUGCAUUGUUGCUCAUUGGAAUCAGUGUCAAUCAGCUCCGGUCAUCGCCUCAGGGAACUACUGCACUUGAUCUUCCUGUAGCAAUGGUUGCAUACAUAUAUACAUCAAUUUUUGUGACUGUUCCUUCACUAGCCUCAGUUUACAAUGAAUAUGCUUUGAAAAGCCAAUUUGAGACAAGCAUAUAUCUUCAGAACUUGUUUUUGUAUGGCUAUGGUGCUAUAUUUAACUUUAUUGCCAUCAUUGGAACUGCCAUUUUCAAAGGACCCAGUAGCUUUGAUAUUCUUCAAGGCCACUCAAAGGCUACAAUGUUACUCAUAUGCAAUAAUGCAGCACAAGGCAUCCUCUCCUCAUUCUUCUUCAAGUAUGCAGAUGCAAUUUUGAAGAAAUAUUCCUCAACAGUUGCCACAAUUUUUACUGGCAUAGCAUCUGCGCUGUUGUUUGGUCAUACUCUAACGAUAAAUUUUAUGCUGGGAAUCUCAGUAGUGUUUAUAUCAAUGCACCAGUUCUUUUCUCCACUGGCAAAAGCCAAAAAUGAGGUGCCAAAUGGAACAAUGGAAAUGACGGAUGCCCAAGAUCUCAGAUCCAAGGAAGCAUCCUUCAUAAAUAUGACUGCUGGUGCAACUGAAGAUGCUAGCCACCAUAUUGGACCUGAUGAGAAACAGCCGCUUCUUCCCACCUAAUUUUGUUCUCAAGGGACAUGGAAGAGGAUUCUUUUACUGGACAUUAUCAAGAUGAGCCAGUUCUAACUACAACAAAUAAAUUUUUUGACCAUAAAGAGAGAAGAUAUAUAUAUAUCUCAUACAUCUUUUGACCAUAAAUUUUAAACUGUUUCAUGCUGUAGCUUUUCAGUAAUGAGGAGGACAAGCUGCCAUGAGAUGGAGUAGGGAAAGAGAUUAUAGCUUGAGCUGUAGGGGGUAGUCAUAGAAGGCACUUUGUUGCUUUUCGCUCAUAGUGUACCCUUAUUAUCUUAACCUGUAGUGGACUUAUUUUGAUAUCACUUAUGUCUUUGUUUUUCUUCCAUCGAGUUUUGGAUGGAUUAUAGUUUUAUCAUCCAGCUUUUGCCAUGUAAAAAUUGGAGGUACAAAUUUAUAAAUGAUCCUCUAAAUGAGCACCAACCCAAGCCCCUUAUCAU